AUAUGUAAGCUCUAAGACUUCAGAACUAGCCUUAGCUAUUUGAUUCUCUUGCACAGAAGAAGUUAUUCUAAGAACUUCUGUGCAAAUGCAUUUCUGAGGGAGAGGGUUGUUUUAAAAAUUGAAAAAUAAAUAAAAAAUAUUUUUUGUUUUUCCUGGAUUGACCCCCCCCCCAAAAAAAAAGUCUGAUGCCAUAUUUUACAGAAUAUUUUUAUUUGCAAAAGUGCAGCUGAAGUAGGAUUAGGGUACCUUUAUAUAGCCCCCUCAAAAGUUCCCUGAACUCCUGUGCUGAAGAUCCGAUGUUUGUCUGCACUGAUUGUUUGAGCAGUGACAGAAAUGCUAAACAUGGAUAGUAAAUAGUUAAGUAAAAGUGGAGUCAGCUGAAAAAGCUGAGUAGAACUAGAGAUGAUUCUGCAGGAAAAUAAGAUAACGUAUAAGGGUCCCGUGAGGCUGUAGUAUGCUGGAUUAUGGACAUCUUAAUUACAGAGUGUCUUAAAUUGCCUACAUUUCCUUGCCUUCCUCCCCUCUCUAAAUAAGACCCAUCUGAACAAUGGUGGACACCGUCCCCCCCUGAAGCUGGGAAGGGAGCCCAGAAGUUCUGGCUCCCACUUUUACCUUCUGCUCCAAUUAACAAAGCUUCCCCUUUUCCUGACAGAGCUGGGAAUAGGACUCCAAACUCCUGGCUGAUGACCAGAUUUCAAUAGCCGUUGAAUUUAAAUGUCCUUAUAAACUUCCACGGGGAUGAGAGGAGAGAUUCCAGUUUGAAUGCAUAAACGUUGGCUCAGAUUUGCUGCGUUCGUUGCCAGAUUUGGUUAGAGGGCCGCAGAGUGAGGCGUUUUGUCAAUACUAGCUGGGGUGGUGAGAUUAUUCGUGCUUGCUUCGUGGGGACCAUUUAACUCUUGGGCAAUGAGAAUAAGAAGGGAAGGAUUUGGGAAUUGGGGGUGAAGACAUAAGGCAGUUGGGCCCAUCUGAACCCAGGAGGAGCCACACUGGACUAGACCAAAUGGCCCCUCUAGCCCAGCACUUUUCUUUGGUGACAGGAGCCAUCUCCCAUCUUGUGUCUUUCAUGCUUUAGGACAUAGGGCCUUGGAUUCCCAGCCACUUUUUUGCUGCAGGUAGUCCUCAAGAUCACAAGUGGCUUUUCCCAUUUGGAUGGCUCUGGCAAGCUAAGCAUUUUUUCCUGGCUCCUGAGCAUGGAUCCGACCUUGCUGCUACCGGUUGCUGUUUCUCUUGAUCCCCGGGGUUUUAAUCAAGGGGCAGCAGAGCCCACUGAGCCCGCUUUGGACCCUUGCAGUCUCCUUUCAGAAAGGCACUAUGAAGUGGUGCCCUGUGUGGUUUGUGCCCUCUGCUGCAUUUUUGGAGUGGCUUACUGCUGUUUCGGGUAUCGGUGUUUCAAGGCCAUCAUGUUUCUCUCCGGCCUCCUCUUCGGCUCCGCUGUGAUCUUUCUGCUUUGCUACAAGGAGCGUAUCUUGGACACCCAGCUCAGCUUGGAGGUCAGCGCUGGCAUUGCCCUGGGCAUCGGAGUCUUGUGCGGCUUGGUUACGAUGCUGGUGCACUCUGUGGGGUUGUUUCUGACGGGGCUUCUGCUUGGCUUGCUGGUGGCCACCGCUGGGCUGGUAGCCACCGAGCCUUUUUACGAACUGCCCAACGGAUGGGUCCCUGCCGGGGCCCUGCUGGGUUUGUCCCUCUUAGGUGCCGUCUUGGCACUGCGCUGGCAGAAGGUCCUCACGGUGGUCUCCACAGCCGUGUUUGGGGCUGCCGUUCUGACUCUCUGCUUGGACUACGCGGUGGAGAACCUGGCUUUGGGCCACCAUGUCUACGACCGCCUGCGUCUGGCCCCUUCCUCCCUGCUCUGCUGGUGUGGCUGGGCAGUGCUGGCUACGUGGCCUGCCCUUGCCCUGAUGGGCAUCCUGCUGCAGUGGAAAGUGACCGCCGAAGGCUUCUCCCACACAGACGUGGUCCUGAAUCGGCGCCAGAAGCAAUUGCAACUCUUAAGGAUUCGACAGCGGGAAGCCAAAAAGAGGCAGUGCCAAGCUCCACAUGAAGGCUCCUACCGGAACAAGGCCGGUGCCAUCAAACGCUGUGCCGGAGACGUUCUCGCACCAAGUUACAUCCAGAGUCUGCGGGACCGUCAGCACUUGGGAACCGGUACCUCCUUGAGCAACCUCAGCACAAGUGCUCACACCACGGUGGAUCUGGAUUAUGAUUCGGGCUCUACCGUCCCCCUCACCACACCACAAGGUUGCCUCUGAAGGAUGCGUGGGUAUAUAUGUGUGUGCUUGGGAUGUUGCUGCGUUGUCUUCCUCCCCUUCUGCUUUUAGCAGAGCCAGAGCACAAGCCGGCCCAGGGUUCUUUAAUAUGUUUCCUCCUGUCUGCAAACAUCUUUGGGUAGCCCGCUAUAUAUAUUUUUUUAAAGAUUGCUUUUCAAGUGUCCAAACCAGAUGGGUCUAUCUCCUUUCCUCUCUUUGGGAAGGGCCACGGAUGACUUAAAGAAGGAGAAGAGAAAGGAUUUAAGGAACACACAUUAAUGUAUUUCCACUUUAUCAACGAAGGCAGUUUUCUUUAGAAGAUCUUGACAGCUACCUCCAAAUUUUGCCGGAACAAAUGGAUUAAUGUCUGGGAUGUCUGUCACCAUCUUUGAAGCUGAUUUUGUCCCUGUCUCAAUGCUAAGCCAUAGCUGGAUCCUCCUCUGGAUUGAGAAGGCAAUUUGCUCUACUUGGCAGCAAAUCUGAAGCAAGCAUCUUUCGGCCUUUGUAGAAACUUAACUCAGGGGUACAAUACAACCACAUCAAGGUAGCUUACGAUGGUUUGUUGCAAUAGAAACGCAUGGCAUACAUGUUCUGAUUUGCGGUGCUCCUCCUUCAAGAUGUUGCCAUUUUUUUGUACGUAUGCUGUACGAGAAAUUUAUUGUAUUUAGUUUAUCCUUUCUCUAGUUAAGGUUGUUUGUCUCAAGAAGGGAAAGCUGCUCUUCUAUCCUCUCCUUAAUCUGAGAUCCAGGAUGGACCCUUCAAAGCCAUAGUUGGACAUUCACCCUUGCCAUAAUUAUGGUCACCUGUGGUGCCCAGAAUAUUCUAUAAAGGUCCCCAGCAAUUUCAAAGGGUAAUACUGCAUUUAAAAAAAAAACAAAUUAAGUAUUCACAAGACGUCAGCUUUCUCACUGAAAUCUAUUUGACCUUAAGUUAUGAUUGAAACUAUUUGGGUCACUCUUGUUGCACAAGAUCGUAUGUCAGAAAUCACCUCUUGAAGAUUGCUAACUCUAGCCAACAGGAAGAGUAGCAACAUUUUUACUAGCCCAGUCUUUCCCUAUUCCCUCCACAGACGUGACCAUGCCAUAAUGUCUACCUUAUUGAAUGGAAGGGUAAUGGCAUGAUUGUGUCUGUGGAUAGAAUGGGUCUUCUGUGGUCCUUCAGCUAUUGGAUUUUGAUCUAAAUCGCCAUCGAAACAUGGUUGUUGUGGUCCAUCAUCUGGAGAGCCACAGGUUUCUUAAUCUCUGUUGUGGUAAAAUCUAACCAGCAGGUUAUAAAAUUUAUGGGCGGAGCUUAUAUUUGCAGAACAGGCUACUUUCAUGAGAUGUUCACCAUUAUUAAGUUGGUGAUGAUGACUAGAAACCAACUGGGAU